GCGUCAUUACGUAUAUGAAUACACGGAAGGCAGAGUAGGUGAACGUUUAGUGUUUUGCUUUGUUUUGGUAACAGUGUUUUGGGUUAUUAAGUACUGUUAGCAAAAUAGCUUACUGGUUGAAAAUGAUAAAUAAUCAGUCAGUUGUCUCAAUAGUUUAAUCACUGAUCAACGUGCAAACGGUAUUUAUGACAGUUUUUUUCCAUAGAGAGGAGUUUUGAGUGAACAAAAUUGUGAAUCUGAUGACAUCACAGUAAUUGGGCUUGAAACACUACACAUGGCGAGCUGUGGCAAGGUGGACCACUCUGUGGAUUCUGUUCCCUCUAAGGUGGAAGGAGGGGAUGCCUGCACCAGCAACACCCCCACUUCCCCUACCCCCAUGGUGUACCCUGUGCCUGAGUGUGCAAUCUGCCUGCAGACCUGUGUCCACCCGGUUCGCCUGCCCUGUCGCCAUGUCUUUUGCUUCCUGUGUGUUAAAGGAGCCUCAUGGCACAGCAAGCGGUGCGCUUUGUGCAGACAGGAAGUACCGGAGGACUUCUUGGAGAACCCCACCCUGCUUUCCCCCGAGGAGCUGAAGGCGGCAGCCGCUGGGGGACAAGGGGGAGCCGGACCGGGGAGCUCUGGGGGUGAUCAUGCCUGGUACUAUGAGGGGAGGAAUGGCUGGUGGCAAUAUGAUGACAGGACCAGUCGUGAGCUGGAGGACGCUUUCGCCAAAGGCAGGAAAAGUGCUGAAAUGCUGAUCGCUGGUUUCCUUUAUGUGGCUGACCUGGAAAAUAUGGUUCAGUACCGACGCAACGAGCAUGGCCGCCGCCGCCGCAUGAAGCGUGACGUGGUGGACAUUCCCAAAAAAGGGGUGGCCGGACUUCGAUUGGACCCUGACCCUCCCGUGGUCGCCAUGGCGGGUGUUGCGGUGGCGUCUGUGACAGUAGAGCGGUCAAGCUUUGCUGACGGGGAGGAUGUGACUGCGCAGUCUCAGACAGGCAGCUCCGUGGUUCUCCUUCCAUCUCCUCCAGUCAGACCCCCCACAGCUCUGGGGGCGCACCCUGCCACCGCCGCCACCGUGUCCCUGGAAGACUCUCUGUCCCAGCUCCUCAUAGGCCAACCAGAGGGGGAGGAGGUGGAGGACGAAGAGGAGCUCGCUUCGAGUGUUAGCCAGGUGUACGAAUCAGCGUCCGGUAGCAGCGAGGAUGGCGACGAGGUUGGGCGAGGGGCUGACGGGGAGAGGGGUGGGCGGGAGGUGGGGGCUCGGAGGAGGCCGAGACACAGACUCCUACAGCGGUGGCUCAGGGAGGUCCAGCCCGACAGAUCGCCACCUGGUGGCGCGUCCUCUAGCGGAGGCGUCAGUGUGCGCUCACGCAGUCCUGAUGGUCAGUGCACUGUCACUGAGGUGUGAGCACAACUGGACGACUGUCUCGCCCGGCUCAGCAAAAAAAAAAAACACAUUCACGCCGUGCUUAUGGUGGUGAUAAAGAACCCAGUGGAUGAUAGCAGAUCAGCCAUUUACAUUAGAUAUACAGUUGCCCCAGUAACAUUAGCUAAUCCUUCAUUCAUAAUGUCAUCAGGGAAGAUUAUGCAAAAUGGCCCACAUACUGAGAUUCUUCCACUGUAACCCCUUGAGGCUGUGUUAUAAUGGCUAACCAUGUCUUUGGUACUAAAUACCUAAAGAGGCAAUGUGAAAUUAUAUUGGUUUAAAGUAACUGCCCAGUGUUUCCAGAUAUGUGAAAUCCCCAUGUAUAUUGUUCAAUGAAAAAAAGUUUUUCAGGUAGACUGCUGAUUAGGCAAGCUCAUCCUUGUCGCUUGGUCUGUUGAUUGGCCAGCUUUCCACCCCCCUCAGGAGUAGAUAAAAAGAUUUCUUGAGAUUUCUUUGACAAAUUCUCAAGCAUUCCUUUAAGCGGUCUGUUUGAGUUUUUUUUAUUUGUUUUGGACUCCUAUAAAACAAGUCAAAAUCAUAUGGACAUGAUAUAACAGAAUAUGAGCUUUUGAAGGUCAGAUUAAGGCUGGACAGUUACUUUAAUGUUUGUACCUUUUAAAUGUAGCAUCUCGUCUCUAUUAGGAGGUAAUAAGAGAUUAUUUUUUUGUUACAUGUAUAUGUGUGUGUUGAAGUAACUCCAUGUUAAUGUACAUACUGUAUAUGUUUCUCAAUGUGAGCUUAUGGUGAAUGUAAGGUGAUGAGAGUACUUGUAGAGAAAUGCUUUGGGUGUGGAUUUCCAUCUGGAUCUUGUAUUCUGUAUUGGAAAUGUAAACACCUGAUUGUUUACAAGCUAUCAGUUUGAAUGUUUUUAGUUUCUGCCUAUUAUUUUAACACUACUGUCAACUUGUUUUCAAAGCAUUUUUGACUUAAAUAAUAUUUAACUUCUUUGUGUGGUCUUUUUAGUUUUACUGUGUUGUUUUGUCAGUAAUAAAGUGUUUAUCUAUUAUUUGACCUUAA